AUGUCUUCUGCUUAUAUUACUAUUCUUUCCUCAAAUGGAAUUGAAUUUAUAGUUGCUAAAGAAAUAGCUGGUUUAAGCGAGAUUUUUAGAAAGUAGAUAUCGAAUGCAGAUAUGAGAGGAGAAUCUCAGAUUCUUUCAGACUUCACAGCAGACAUCCUUGAAAUAAUCCUCUAAUACCUACACUACAAAAAUAGAUGGCAAUUAGAAUCCCCAAUAAAUUUGCCAAAAUUUUAAAUUGCCAAAGAAAAAGCCUUAUCGGUUUUAUAAGCUGCAAUUGCAUUAUAAAUAUGA